AUGGGCAAAGGAGGGCAGAAUUAUGGUAAGAGUGAAAAUUUAGGUAUUAAUAUGAAGGAACCAAAAAGGGACUAUUAUGAGGCAUGGUCGAAAGAUACAAAAGAGUGCGAGGAGAAGUAUCAAGUAAGGAGGGAAUACGGCUUUUCAGCCGAUGAUGUGGAGAAGAGGAGGCAGAUCUAUGGGUUCAAUGAGCUGGAAAAGCAUGAGGGUCCCUCAAUUUUUAGAUUAGUUCUGGAUCAAUUUAAUGACACGUUAGUCAGGAUUUUACUGGUAGCAGCAGUGGUUUCUUUUGUGUUGGCAUGGUAUGAUGGGGAGGAAGGUGGGGAGACGGAGAUCACUGCCUUUGUGGAGCCUUUAGUGAUAUUCUUAAUAUUGAUAGUGAACGCCAUUGUCGGGGUUUGGCAGGAGAAUAAUGCGGAAAAGGCAAUGGAUGCUUUGAAGGAAAUCCAGUCGGAGCAUGCAACUGUUAUUCGUGAGGGUAGGAAAAUUUCUAAUUUUCCGGCUAAGGAGUUGGUUCCGGGAGAUAUUGUGGAGUUGAGAGUAGGGGAUAAAAUCCCAGCCGAUAUGAGGGUUCUAAGCUUGGUCAGCUCAACCCUGCGGGUGGAGCAGGGGUCAUUGACUGGGGAGAGUGAGGCCGUUAGUAAGACAACUAAACCUGUUGCAGAAGAUGUGGAUAUUCAGGGAAAGAAGUGUAUGGUUUUUGCGGGGACCACCGUGGUGAAUGGGAAUUGCAUAUGUUUGGUGACUCAAACUGGGAUGAACACAGAGAUUGGUAAGGUGCAUUCGCAGAUUCACGAGGCGUCCCAGAGUGACGAUGACACGCCUUUGAAGAAGAAGCUGAAUGAAUUUGGAGAGGUUUUGACAGCUAUCAUUGGAGUAAUCUGCACUUUGGUCUGGCUGAUAAAUGUGAAAUAUUUUCUUUCGUGGGAGUUUGUCGAUGGGUGGCCGAGGAAUUUCAAGUUCUCAUUCGAGAAGUGCACUUACUACUUUGAAAUUGCUGUGGCUUUGGCCGUGGCGGCUAUCCCGGAAGGUUUGCCUGCGGUUAUCACAACUUGUUUGGCGCUUGGCACGCGCAAGAUGGCUGCCAAAAAUGCGCUUGUUCGCAAGCUGCCUAGUGUUGAGACACUUGGCUGCACCACUGUGAUAUGCUCUGAUAAGACGGGUACGCUGACCACCAACCAGAUGGCAGUGGCCAAACUUGUGGCUAUGGGUUCUAAGGGCAAUCUUCUUAGGUCCUUUCAUGUGCAAGGAACUACAUAUGAUCCUUUCGAUGGGAAAAUAGAGAACUGGCGUACAGGUCAGUUGGAUUCAAACCUUCAGAUGAUUGCAAAGGUUGCUGCUAUUUGUAAUGAUGCUGGUGUGGAAAAGGCUGGUCAUGAUAAAUCUGGACAUUAUGUUGCCAAUGGAAUGCCGACUGAGGCUGCACUUAAGGUCUUGGUUGAGAAAAUGGGUCUUCCAAAUGAUUUAAGUUCUGACCUUUCUUCAGGAUAUGAUGGUGUCUUGAGGUGCUCCUACACGUGGAAUAAACUGGAUCAUCGUAUUGCCACCCUUGAAUUUGACCGUGAUAGGAAGUCCAUGGGAGUCAUUGUGAAUUCUAGUGCUGGGAAAAAGUCCUUGCUUGUAAAGGGUGCAGUGGAGACGUUAUUGGAAAGAAGCUCCUUUGUGCAGUUGCAUGAUGGCUCUAUUCAAGAACUAGACCAAGGUUUAAGAGAAAUUAUACUGGGGAGCCUUAAUGAAAUGUCCACUAGUGCACUGCGAGUUCUGGGUUUUGCAUACACGGAUGACCUCCCAGAGUUUGCUACAUAUAACGGAGAUGAGGACCAUCCAGCACAUGAGCUUCUAUUGAACCCUGCAAAUUAUUCUUCAAUUGAGAGCAAUUUAGUUUUUGUUGGCUUGGCUGGCUUAAGAGAUCCUCCUCGGAAAGAAGUUCCUCAAGCACUUGAGGAUUGUAGAACAGCCGGCAUCCGAGUUAUGGUGAUUACAGGUGAUAACAAAAAUACAGCUGAAGCAAUUUGUCGUGAAAUAGGUGUCUUUGGCUGUCAUGAUAAUAUCAGUUCAAGGAGCUUAACUGGAAAAGACUUUAUGGAGCUCUCCAGUCAAGACAAAGAAAGACAUUUAAACCAAGACGGUGGUCUUCUUUUCUCAAGGGCUGAACCUAGGCAUAAGCAAGAAAUAGUGAGGUUGCUUAAAGAUUUAGGUGAAGUGGUUGCAAUGACUGGGGAUGGAGUGAAUGAUGCACCUGCCCUAAAGUUGGCUGAUAUUGGGAUUGCAAUGGGUAUUGCUGGAACGGAGGUUGCCAAAGAAGCUUCAGACAUGGUUUUGGCUGAUGAUAAUUUCAGCACAAUUGUUGCUGCUGUUGGUGAAGGCAGGUCCAUUUACAAUAACAUGAAGGCUUUUAUUAGAUACAUGAUCUCUUCAAACAUUGGUGAAGUUGCCUCAAUUUUUCUAACUGCUGCGUUAGGCAUUCCAGAGGGUCUAAUACCAGUGCAGCUUCUGUGGGUUAACUUGGUCACUGAUGGGCCCCCAGCUACUGCUUUGGGAUUCAAUCCACCAGACAAGGAUAUAAUGAAGAAAUCCCCUAGAAGAAGUGAUGACUCACUGAUCAGUCCCUGGAUUUUAUUCCGUUACCUGGUUAUUGGAUCAUAUGUGGGUUUAGCCACUGUGGGAAUAUUCAUAAUCUGGUACACACGCUCGUCUUUCCUCGGUAUCGAUCUCAGUGGAGAUGGCCACAGCCUCGUGACCUACUCCCAGCUUGCCAACUGGGGCCAGUGCCAGAGCUGGCAGAACUUUACAGCCUCGCCUUUCACAGCUGGGAAUCAGUUGAUCCAUUUUGACAACCCAUGUGACUAUUUCCAGACGGGCAAAAUCAAGGCUAUGACUCUGUCCUUAUCGGUGCUUGUUGCCAUUGAGAUGUUUAAUUCACUUAAUGCCCUUUCAGAGGACGGCAGUUUGCUGUCCAUGCCGCCGUGGGUCAACCCUUGGUUGCUUUUGGCCAUGUCGAUUUCGUUUGGUCUGCAUUUCUUGAUCCUCUACGUACCUUUCCUUGCUCAGAUAUUUGGCAUUGUGCCCUUGAGCUUCAAUGAAUGGCUGUUGGUUUUGGCUGUGGCUCUUCCGGUGAUUUUGAUCGAUGAGGUUCUGAAGUUUGUGGGAAGAUGGACAAGCGGUAUCAGAAGGUCGAGUGGAGGAAGGCUUUCGAAGGCAAAGGCAGAGUGA